CUUGUGCAUUCAUGAAGGCAGUGACAGCAUGGACUCACGCUGUUUGGAAAGUAAUGCACUACAAAACCCAAAGAGAGGCAACUUGUAACUGAAGUGGAGACUUCAGCCUAACGCGUACAUUCAUAUUUAACUGGGUCGAUAAGUAUUUUAAUAUCGCCAUCACAGACUUUCCGCAACGUCGUGACUUUGUUUUUACCCGGGGUAUCCUUUUAUAGGCUCGCGACUUAUAACCAAAAUGAACUCACUGGACAGGUGCGUUGACAGGUUAAUUUAUCUUAAUCUUUGAAUUGGGUUGUUAUUGCUUUGAAAAUUGGGGAUAAUAUAAAAUGGAGCAGAAACGUUUGUCGUGUGGAAGUGAGUCGUCGUCGUCCGGUUCGAGCACCUUGUCCGAGGAAGAAGAAAUGACGCCCUUCCUGGACAGGAAAGUUUCUGGAGAUGGAGAUGACGGCCACAACUCGGACUUUGAAAGUGUUAACGAAGUGGAGGGCGACAAGGAGACACCAAGAGAAGAAGAAAGUGAGGACGAAGACGAAAAGUUGGACAACAUCCUUUACCCUCCCUCCGCUUACCUCAGGAAGUCCAGUAACCCCGAGUUGACUCGGGGAUUAAGUCCUGCUCUCAAAUUAAAGCGACAUCUCAGUGACGAUGGAAAACAUGUUCGAAGACGGAGUCUCGGAGGUGGUCUCACAGGAAAGUACCUUCUGCUACCCUCCCACCCCCAGCAGACACACACAGCUUGGCAGCCGUCAUCUGAGAUGUCUAACCUGGUCCGUAUGUGUUCCCUGAACCUCGGAAAGUCGGACCCCUCCCUCACCUCCAGCAUGAAAGAGCUGAGUCUUCCCAGAAGAGGCAGUUUUUGCAGAACGAGCAACAGAAAAAGCCUGAUAGGAAGCGGUCAGUCUUCAGGUUUACAGCGACCUCACUCCCCUCUCUCAUCUCUUACAGGAACAAGCCCACAAGACAGUCCUAGAAAUUUCUCUCCUAGUGCCUCUGCUCAUUUCUCCUUUGCACGAAGUCAUUGCUACAGAGCAGACAGGACUGAUGGUCGCCGCUGGUCGUUGGCCUCCCUUCCAUCCUCUGGAUAUGGAACCAACACGCCCAGCUCCACCGUCUCUUCAUCCUGUUCAUCACAGGAGAAGCUGCACCAGCUGCCCUUCCAGCCUACGCCUGAUGAACUGCACUUUCUCUCCAAGCACUUCUGCACUGAGAGUAUCUCCGGGGAUGAAUGCCGCAGAGCGACGGCCAUGCGACCCCGCUCACGCAGUCUCAGCCCUGGAAGAUCUCCAUCAUGUUUCGACCAUGAGAUUAUCAUGAUGAAUCACGUCUACAAGGAGCGGUUUCCUAGAGCCACAGCUCAGAUGGAGGAAAGGAUUCAGGACAUCAUCCGCAGCAACUCUCCAGAGAGCGUCCUCCCUUUGGCAGAUGGUGUGCUUGGCUUUGCCCACCACCAGAUAAUUGAACUGGCCCGUGACUGUCUGGAGAAGAGCCGGCUAGGACUCAUCACCUCCAGCUACUUCUGCGAGCUCACUGACAAGCUGGAGAGGCUUGUUCAGGAGUCCACAGAAAGAUCAGAAAGCGAGGAGGUAAACUUCAUCAGAGAGCUGGUGAAGAAGAUCCUCAUCAUCAUAGCCCGACCUGCUCGACUGCUGGAAUGCCUGGAGUUUGACCCAGAGGAAUUUUACCACCUUUUGGAGGCCGCAGAAGGACACGCUAAAGAGGGCCAAGGCAUCAAAACGGACAUCCCUCGUUACAUCAUCAGCCAGCUGGGACUCACAAGAGAUCCUCUGGAAGAAAUCGCUCAGCUGACCAGCUGUGACAGCGGUAUUGCAGAAACACCAGAAACGGACGACUCUUCUCACAGCCUCAGCACAGCCUUGCGGUGCCGGCGUAAACCCUGUGAAUUGGACUUUGAGAUGACAAAACUCAUCAGCAAUGGUGCCUAUGGAGCUGUUUACCUGGUUCGGCACAAGGAAACGAAGCAGCGGUUUGCCAUGAAAAAGAUCAACAAGCAGAACCUGAUUUUGAGGAAUCAGAUACAACAAGCCUUUGUGGAGAGAGACAUCCUUACCUUUGCCGAGAACCCUUUUGUGGUGUCCAUGUACUGCUCCUUUGAGACGAGGCGGCACCUGUGUAUGGUCAUGGAAUAUGUUGAAGGUGGAGACUGUGCAACCCUUUUGAAGAACAUGGGUCCCCUGCCUGUGGAUAUGGCCAGGAUGUACUUUGCAGAGACAGUGCUGGCUCUGGAGUAUCUCCACAACUAUGGCAUCGUCCACAGGGACCUCAAACCAGACAAUUUGCUGGUUACAUCAAUGGGACACAUUAAGCUGACAGAUUUUGGGUUGUCCAAAGUUGGGCUGAUGAACAUGACCACGAACCUGUAUGAGGGACAUAUAGAGAAAGAUGCAAGGGAGUUCUCUGAUAAGCAGGUAUGUGGAACCCCAGAGUAUAUUGCACCAGAAGUGAUCCUGAGACAAGGCUACGGGAAGCCGGUGGACUGGUGGGCGAUGGGCAUCAUCCUCUAUGAGUUCCUUGUGGGCUGUGUGCCUUUUUUUGGAGACACACCAGAGGAGCUGUUCGGACAGGUCAUCAGUGAUGAGAUCAACUGGCCUGAGGGAGAGGAUGCCCCACCUCCUGACUCUCAGGAGCUCAUCACCUUGCUCCUCCGACAGAAUCCUCUGGAAAGGAUGGGUUCAGGCGGAGUUGCCGAAGUGAAGCAGCAUCAGUUUUUCGACAACCUGGACUGGAACAGCCUGCUGAGGCUUAAGGCUGAGUUUAUUCCUCAGCUGGAGUCUGAAGAUGACACCAGCUACUUCGACACCCGCUCUGAGAGAUACCAUCACCUGGAGACAGAGGAAGAGGAUACAAAUGAUGAAGACUUCAAUGUGGAGCUGCGGCAGUUCUCCUCUUGUUCUCACAGAUUCUCUAAGGUUUACAGCAGCCUGGAUUUGUCCCGUGGGCACCUGGAGGAGAAGGGAGAGACGGAGGGGAAGAAGAGUGAGAGCCCACUGACUGUUGACUCUCUCAGCUGGACACCAGACUUUGCUGAAAUGCCCUCGCUGUCCCACUCUACAGACGCAGACGGUCUGAAUCAGGGCCCUCUUCCCAACUUGUUGCCAAAGUUUGCCAUCUCAGCAGAGAGUGAAGGAGACGAGACCUCAGGCCUCGGUGACCCCAGCAAGACCUCCUUCUCCACCGGAGAGCUACUGCAGGAUGAGCCUGACGCUACCACUCCAGGCAGCACUCACAGUGGAGCCACGCUCUCUGGAAGCUUCUCAGAACAUCUGGACCAGUUGACACCCAGAGGUGAGGUGGUGGAGAGCCCCGACAGUACCAGUCAUACCUCGGCAGACCAGGGGGCUCAGACUAGCUCUCUGCGGCCUGAGAGUGCUGCAGAGAAGACCGGAGCUGUGGCAAAAGUCCCAAAGUCUGUCUCAACUGGUGCCCUGUCCCUCAUGAUCCCUGGGGAUAUCUUCGGGGUGUCUCCGCUGGCCAGCCCCCUCUCUCCGUACUCCCUCUCCUCAGACCCGUCCUCACGAGACUCCUCUCCAAGCCGAGACUCCUCCCUCUGUACGACCAACCCACGGCAGCCCGUCAUCAUCCACAGCUCAGGGAAGAAGUUCGGCUUCACACUGAGGGCAAUCCGGGUGUACGCUUGUGACGGUGACAUCUACACCGUCUACCAUAUGGUCUGGAAUGUAGAAGACGGUGGUCCUGCACAUAAAGCAGGACUCAAAGCUGGAGACCUCAUUACUCAUGUGAACGGAGAACCAGUUCACGGUCUUGUCCACACUGAAGUGGUGGAGCUCCUGCUCAAGGUAAAUGAUAAUAGUGGUAGCAAAGUGGCCAUCUCCACAACCCCCUUUGAAAAUACUUCGAUAAAAACUGGUCCAGCCAGGAGGAACAGCUACAGGAGCAAGAUGGUGAGAUGUGCCAAAAAGCCCAAGAAGGAGAAGACACCAGAAAGGCGCCGCUCCCUUUUCAGGCGUUUCGCCAUGCAGCCCUCUCCUCUCCUGCACACAAGCCGCAGUUUCUCCUCUCUCAACCACUCUCUGUCAUCUGGUGAGAGUCUCCCUGGCUCCCCCACCCACAGUCUCUCCCCUCUUUCCCCUACUGCUACCUUCCGCCACACACCAGACUUCACCCAGUCAGGUGGCAACUCCUCCCAGAGUAGCUCCCCCAGCUCCAGUGCUCCAAACUCCCCUGCAGGCUCAGGCCACAUUCGUCCCAGCACCCUCCAUGGCCUGGGCCCCAAACUGCCAGGUCAAAGGCUUCGCCAGGGGCGCCGCAAGUCUGCCAGCAGCAUUCCCCUUUCUCCUUUGGCUCGCACACCUUCACCAACCCCCCAGCCAACAUCUCCUCAGCGCUCACCCUCUCCCCUUCUCAGUGGGCACCCUGUUGCCAUUUCCAAGACAAACCAAGCCAAGAUACAUUCCCCACCCACAAUUGUACGUCAUAUUGUGCGCCCCAAAAGUGCUGAGCCACCUCGCUCUCCCCUGCUAAAACGUGUCCAGUCUGAGGAGAAGCUGUCCCCCUCUUACACAGGAGAUAAGAAGCACCUGUGUCCCAGAAAACACAGCCUGGAGGUGACCCAAGAGGAGGUGCACGAUGAGGAACUGAGGCCUGCGGAGCGGGAUUACACCAUCUUGCAGAGUGUGGAAGAAACAUUCUGUGAGCCGCUGGCAAUCAACCGUAUUCGACCUGUUGAGCAGGGAUGCUUAAAGAGGCCCGUCAGUCGCAAGAUGGGCCGGCAAGAGUCUGUUGAGGAGCUUGACAAGGAAAAGCUUAAGUCUAAGAUGGUUGUAAAGAGACAGGACUGGUCAGAGAGGAGGGAGUCUCUACAGAAGCAAGAUGCCCUGCGUGAAUCUGACUCAUCCCCCUUGUGUGGUGAUGACAGGGAUGAAACUUUUCUGGUUCGAGGCCAAAACAAAACCCAGAGCAUCCCAGACUCUGGCCCUAAGGAGGCCAAAGCUGCUAGCACAACCCUCAAAGAUGUGCUAUAUAAGAAACUUAACACACGUGUCUCUGAGGGCAUCGCUGAAACAUCUGGCGGCUGCUGUGAAAAUGACGGAGGACUCAGAUCAACUCUCUGCUCUAUUCACCCCGAGUGGCAGCACUCCAGACAGGGUAAAGAUAACAUGAAGCCAGACAGAUUGGACUUCAAAGCUCCCAAUAUUGAGUUCACUAGGAAGAGGCUGUCGUUUGAAGAACGAGAAGACUGCAUGUGUCGGUUGUCCUCCAGCAUCCACGAGAACUUGCACUUUGGCUCCACCAGGUCUAAGAGCCUCCAGCUGGACACGGCCAUGUCUCAUGAGCACAUGAAAGCAGGGCUAGGAAGUGUUCACUCCAUCCCGGAAGGUCUGUCCCCCAAGCUUUUCUCCGGUAGAGGAGAGAGCGCUGUGGAAAAACUCCAGCUCAUCUCCUCCGCAGAGUCUCCGCUUCGAAAGACAUCUUCUGAAUAUAAACUUGAAGGACGUCACGUCUCCUCUCUCAAACCUCUGGAAGGCACCCUGGAUAUUGGUCUGCUCUCAGGGCCCAGAGUCUCGAAAACAGAAACCUGUUUAUCUAAGAUGGCGGAGAACACAAGCGACGGUGUUGCUUUGAGUCCUCCAAUUUGGCUCCAGACCCCUGCUGAGAGACAAAUAACCAUCCCCCAACUGAAAACUACAGACAAGCUGAAGAGCCCCCUGACUUGUUCGGCAAGCCCUGAAGCUGUUUCUUAUUUAAACAGCACAGUUGCCUCCAAAGAUCAGUCAAAUAAUGCUGCCACAGAGGUGAAAAUCAGUACAAGUAGCGAGAAAACACAGGAUAGACAUAGUGAAUCAGUAAAGGCUCAAACCAGUAAAGUAGAGGCCUCAAGCUUUACUGUUAAACAAGAGAGCAGGGCGGGUAUGAAGUCCACUUCCUCACUGGCUCAUGAACACAGAGGCCCUCGACACAGCUCCCACUUCUCCUCCUGUGGAAAAACACCCUCCAUACGGGAAGUCAGCAAUGAAGAUCAGGAGGAUGAAGUGGAGCAGGAAGUCACACCACACACUACAUCACCAUAUACCGACAGCUGCAAGACAGUAGUCUCUUUGACUUCAGCAAAGCUGGAGGUGGACAUUAAAACUGCGGAGACUCCGGCUACAGCUGCCAGCGAACCAUUACCUGUGUUGCCGAAGCAGAGUAUAAACUGUGGUUUGGAUACAGGUCAGCAUCAGAGCUGUGAGAGAAAAACAGCUACUGCACAGAGCUCAAACCUGACCUCUGUUACUGAAGUGACUGUACAGAACAACUCUGCAUCUGUACGCGUUUCAGAGAACAAGCUUUAUAAACAGCAGCCGUUGACCAUCUGCUCUUCAAAUACAGAAACGCAGGCUUCUAUCACAUCUGCUUCUGUGCACGGAAAUAAAACCUGCAGUUUAAAAUCAGAAGAUCGGGACUGCUCGGAAAGAUCCGUUCAUAACGGUGUGCAAUCUAACAGAUUAGCUGUGAAAGUGGUCAGUGAUACAGGCAGCUCAGGCUCAAAGAAGGACGUCAACACGUGUGUCGCAUUUGCAAAAGUGGAGGCAAACCCAAAAGUGGAGCAGAAGAGAGAAGUUUCUACAGUAAACAUGGUCGCCUCAUUAAAUAAUGUUACACUGAGCGUAAAUCAAAAGGAUGACGCUGUUGGUGCAAUAGAUAGUAGUAGCAUGUUGCUGCAGAAAAAAGAGGAUCCCAUCUCACCAAAGACAAAGAAUAAAGACAAUGUGAAACAUUCAGAGCAGCAAUCAAAAAACUAUCCAGCUGAAAAAGCACAACACAAAUCAUCUGAUUCAGAAUACUUCACCAAUAAAAAAGAUGAAACAGUUAUCAGUGUGAAAGAAAACGCUGCAAAACAGAAAUGUUCAUCCUCAGCAACUGCAAAUGAAAAUGUGUGGAUUCCCAAAAGUAAGUCAAGGCCUGACCCACAGCCUGUACCACACACCGCUGUGAAGACGGAGACAAAAACGCUUGAAGUGAAAUCUCACAGUGCGGCUCCUCCCGUCCCAGCAGUCAAGGGCAGUCCAAAUUCAAAACAGAGAGAUCUGUCUAAAGAAUCUGCACUCACCACUUCAAACAUUCAAGUAACCCAUGACUCUAAACUGAAAGAAGCCUCGUUGCCAUCCAAGCGGGAGGAAUCGGUGCAGCUGACACAUUCUACCACUCUUGCUGACGUGAAGCAAAGAGAAUCCCAGCUCAAAAGCUCUGUAGCAACCUCAGCUCAUACAGUUAAAAAAAACACAGAUUCAAAGCUAAAAUCACCCCCUCCUAAAACUGCCCCUUCAUCGUCAACUCUAAAAACUUCUGUACCUCCAACGCCAAUUAUUAAACAAAGUCUUGAUGCCAGACAUAAAGACCCCUCACCCAAAAAUCAAGCCCCGGUCGUUGGAAACAACCAUGGCUCAAAACCAAAAGAAGUUGCUUCAGCUCUUACUGCACCUCAACAUCUGCUGCCAUCAGAUGUUCCCUCCCAGCCUGAUCCGCCACCAGUGCUGCCGAAACCUGCAGUGAAAAAAGAAACCUCGAGCAGUGGCGUCCUCUCAGGCAGGAUCUCCAGCUGUGCACCCCAGGAGACUGUCGUCAAGGUAUCCAAGGAAAACCCCAAGUCUGAAACACUCAAACCGGACAGUCACAAGGGCCCGGAUACCAAAACCACUACCCCUGAUAAACAGGUGUCCUCCAGCAAGAAGGAGCCGGCUGAGAGGAAGAAAAAAGAGGCUGUUCAAGAGAUCACGUCUGCACAGAAAAACGCAAAAAACGCAUCCAGAGCUGCUGCCCCUGACAGAGACACUGGCAGGAAGCAGCAGAAGGAGUCACCACGUAGUUCUAGUAACAAAAAGUAAGGAGGGAAGUUAAAAUAAUGUCCGACAUUGUCGCUCCAGAGAAUCCACAUGUAAUAUAAUGAUAGAAAAUGGUUUGUGCAAACAUCAUCAUGCCUUCUUUUUUUUUUUGAGGACCGGGCAAGCUGUUACAUGCUGGUAGAGAGGUGUGUGUGUGUGUGUGUGUGUGUGUGUGUGUGUGUGUGGGUGGGUGGGUGUGUGUGUGUGUUUAAUAAGAUGACGUAUGACAACACGUGUAGAUGUUUCUAGGUCUGAAUGUAGGCAAUCAUUUGCUGAUCAUUUCUAGUAGUUUUUACAUCAAGAUGAAUGUUUGGAAGUUUUGUUUCUGCUUUGUGCAAUCAGUAUGUCAGAGGCAGCAGGGAGGAGCCUUACACAGGUUGGGAUGUACUGUAGAGUCAGUGCCAUAAAUAAUUUUUAAUUGCACUCUUACUUCUAGACUCGGAGGACCUAAAGUCUUUUAAUGCCGAAGACCACUCAAUUUUGCUCAGCAAUUCAGUUCAGUACAAUCCGAUUAUUGUUAUGUUGGGUUUUUGUGCAGUGGUACACAGAGGGAAUGUCCUGUGCGUUUCACCUUAAACUUAACCUAAAAUCCUCUCACGGUUCUAGAAAUCAUAAAUUAGUGAAGGGGCCUUAAAAUCAUGGGAAAUAAAAAACUUGCUGUUCUUAGCAAGGUGUGGUGUUUAUUCACAUUCCUUUGACAUCUGUACAUAAAUUUUUGAUUUUUAUGCAAUAUGGUGUAAAUAUGAUAACACUGUAAAACUGGGAUUCAUGGGCUUCCAUGAUUGUCGUUUGUAUUAUAUGUAUAGAUUUUGCGAUGCCAUUUGUUUGUAUGCUCAAUAUUAAGAGUAUCUGCUUGAUAACUCUGUGGUCUAAAGUAAGCUACUGUGAUGUAUCUCGUCAAAGACAUCCUCUUCUUUGUGACUUUUAACAUGUUUUCACAUGUUCCAAAAUUAACUUGUCAAGAGAGAAGAAAAGGCAUCAGGGGGUAACUGGGCUUUUCUAAAAAUGUAGCAUUAUAUAAGAAAACUGUGAGGGCUGUCAGCUUUUCCCAAGAAUGUCUUUAUUGUUGAUGUGUUUGCUGGCUGACCACGGUUUAAAUGGAUAGUACACUUUUAAAGUGAGGUUGUAUGAGUCAGUGUAUUACUUACAGUAGAUGGCGGUCAGCACGCCCCCAGUUUGGAGACACUGGAAGCUAAGCAAUGUAGUGCUGUGUACAGGGAGAGCAGCAAAACGUAUUUCAAGACACCUAAAAACAAGGACCACCUAACAAAAUCAAUAUUAUUUAAGUGUACACUAUAUUUAGAAUAUUUUCAGUGCUUUACCUUGCCGUCAAACAGCGCCUUUACAAUGGGGAACUGAAGCUGUUACAUCACUCUCUUCAAAGCCACCAGACUCCUUUGACAAAAACAGUAGUUGUACCUCUGUAGUUGCUGGUCUACUGCUGCCUUGAUCGGUUAGUUUGUGUUUUUGUUAUUGUGUUUUAGAGGGUUAGGAACUAAGAAAACUAACAAAUGAACUGUUCAAGGAAGCGGUAGACCAGCAACUCUAUGCAAGGUAAAAUGUUUUUUGUCAAAGAAGUCUGGUAGCUUUGAAAAGACCAUAGAUGUAUACAACAGCUUCAUUUCCCACGAUGUUAAGGGCUGUCUGACAGCAAGGUAAAGCAGGGAAAGUAAGGUUCUAAUAUAAUGCUCUUUUUAGGUGUCUUAAUAAAAUGUUUUGCUGUGUGGCCCUGUCCACAGCUUAGCUUCUGUUUUGGGACUCCUCCUUGCUGGCGUGCCGACGGCCAUUUACUGUAAGUUAUACACUGACUAUGGAUUAGUAACUUAUACAACCCCACUUCAAAACAUCCAAACUAUCCCUUUAGAGAGUGUACAAUAUGAACUAUUGUGUUUGAUUAAUGAGAUGAACCAGGUGUUCUGUUUGCCAAUAAUUACUGUAGUAGGUUUCUGAAGGCUUUAGGCAUCACCCUGGUUAUGUCCACGUCUGUGCAGAGUGAUGUAAGAUCAAUCACGUGAAUAAGAUAAGGUUACAAGUACACAGAGAGCUUCAUCGUCAGGGUUUCGAUGUCAGGUCUUAGGUCUGUGUUGUUUAAGUCGUGUGUGUGAGUGUUUCGAUGUUUUAAAGGACUCUUCAUAAUGAGCAGCAGCUGGCUUAAAGCUUCACCUGGAUAAAGAUUUUAUACAAUGAAUCCUGAUUAUUCGCAUUGCGUAGUUCACAUGCACAACACACAUUUGAUGUUAAAUACUUGGUACUAUACGUAUAGGCUGUCGUAUAUCUGCAUUCACUUUUUGCAAUUUACUCACGCACACA